GUCAACGGGCGAAAGUCACUCGAGCGGGUGUUGUUGGGUUGUUUUGCUAAUGCACUAGCCUGCUCACAGUCUCGGUCAACCAGAAUUUCUGUCUCGAAAUUUACAUUUCGAUUCUUGUAAUUGUAAAUGAAUUCAUAUCACACGAGAGAGGUUUUAAAUCGAAGGGAGUCAGACUGAGAUAUUUUGUCAUUUCAGUGUUGUAUUCCCCGCGUUUCCCCAUCAUGACUUCACGUCGGCCUGACAGCUUCGAUGGUUUGGGUUACAGGGGCAGAGAGGACCCGUCAUUCAGCGGAGGCUAUUCGGGCAGGUCAUUCAAUAAUUCGUCCAGUGCCGAUCUCCAGAAUUGGGUCACCACACCUCCGGAUAUACCUGGCAGCAGAAACCUGCAUUUCGGCGAUCGCACACCCCAAUUUGAAACGCCACCUGCCCCGCCUGGAGCUGCGGACGAAGGGCAGUCAGCGGCUCCACCGACCGAACAACUGAAUAGAUUUGCUGGGUUCGGGAUUGGUCUUGCAAGCCUCUUCACAGAAAAUGUCCUGGCCCACCCCUGCAUUGUGUUUCGGCGUCAAUGUCAGGUGAAUUACCAUGCCAGGUGUUACCACUUGUCACCACUGACUGCCAUCAGUGUCAUGUACAAUGUCACUAAAACGCAGGGUCCAAAGGCUUUAUGGAAAGGAAUGGGCAGCACUUUUGUGGUACAAGGAGUCACCCUUGGCACAGAAGGCAUCAUCAGUGAAUGCACCCCAUUACCAAGGGAGUUAUCACACAAGUGGAACCCUAAACAAGUGGUGGGACAUUUAGUACUCAAAGGUUUGACAUAUGUGGUUGCAAUGCCGUUUUACUCAGCAAGUCUCAUAGAGACUGUACAGAGUGAAAUAAUCCGAGACAACCCUGGCAUACUAGACUGUGUGAAAGAGGGUCUUGGGCGUGUGAUUGGUAUGGGAGUGCCCCACAGCAAGCGCCUCCUGCCCCUGUGGAACCUUGUGUUCCCUACGGUGCUCCACGGGAUACUGCAUUAUCUUAUCAGUUCCAGUGUGCAAAGGUUGGUCCUUUACCUGUUGCAUCGUCAGAAUAACAGCUCACCGAAGCACUCGUCCCCCAACUCGGGAACGGACACGGUCCAGUCUAUGCUGGAUGCCUACUUCCCUGAGCUCAUGGCCAGCUUUGUGGCCAGUCUGUGUGCAGACGUGCUGCUGUUUCCUUUGGAAACAGUGCUGCACAGGCUGCAUAUCCAAGGAACACGCACUAUCAUCGACAACACCGACCUGGGUUUUGAGGUGUUGCCCAUAAACACACAAUAUGAAGGAAUGAGGGACUGUAUUAAUGCCAUUCGGCGUGAAGAAGGCACCAUGGGCUUCUACAAGGGUUUCGGCUCCAUCGUGGUGCAGUACUCGCUGCAUGCCACAGUGCUGCAGAUCACCAAGAUGAUCUAUUCAAUGCUGUUGCGGAAUGCUUGAGUCGAAAGAUUCGGAAAGCUUUAUUGAUGAAGAGAUUCCUUCCUAAUUCAUUCAGAGGUCCUUUUUUGGUUGGAUUGGAAAUUCCAAAAAAAGUCCUAAUUGAAGAUAUGUGAGGUUUUCUUUGCCUAUGUUGUUUCAUAAAGCACUGGUUGUCUUCUAAAUUGCAUGACUCAUUUUAUCUGAAUGCAAAUGUAAAAUAAUCUAUAUGCCCUCAUAUUGGCACUGCAUUUAAAUUGUUUUUAUAGUGACCCCCAAACCCACCUCAAUUUCCCCACCACCAACGCAAAAAUAGACAUGAUAUUUCUGAAUCAUCAACCGUUGUAAUUAUGUUUAAAUUCUGUUCUGUCUCUGUUUCAGUCACUUCACUGGACACUUUGUCUCAUAAUGUGGUGUGUGUGAAUGUGGUACUUGUUCAUUUGACAGUAUUUGUUGAAGGCCUGUGCCAAGUUCUUACAACAUGUAUAGAAAUUGUGUUAUGUUAUUAAAUUAUUAUUUGCAACUUAGUGAAACUUGUGCCAGUGUUUUAAAAUGUCUUUUUCUGCCAGAUUUAACUUGAUAUGAAAUAUAUAAAAUUCAGUUCCUUGAAUUGGUAGCCAUUAUAUACAAAAAAGCAUGUGUAAAACUAACAUACAUCUGUUAAUUAGGUGAGUAAAUAUUCAAGUGCUUACUUAUUGGGGCACCUUGCUUUAAAAUAAAUG